AUGGCUACGUACGGUACGUUUGGUGGGGACGCGGAACGCCAUCCCGUGCCUAGAUCUGAGGCUCCAUGGGAGAAGCUAAAGGCCGAGUCAUAUUCCCUUUUCCUGAAGCUGAGCGAGUUGCCAAAGGGGACAUAUGAUGAGUUUGAAGCUUCGUGGGCGGACAAAGAGAAUGGCGAGUUCAAGGGUGGGUUGGGUGCGGUGAUUGUGGUGAGGUACAGUGAGACGCCUGUUGGCCCAUACGACGAAAUCAUCUUCGUCCCUGGUAACUUCACCACGCCUCUCCCCCCAAACCCCUCCUCCCUCCCUGCAAAAGCCCUCCGCAUAUCCCGCAUCUACGUCUCCCAACGCACCACCACCUACAACGGCCGCCUAAACUGGAACAUCCCCAAACACCUCGCCCGCUUCUCCUUCUCGUCUCCCCCAACUCCUGCCGGCGCGUCCCCUCCCCCCUCUCUCACCGUAAAAGUCUAUCCGCCUUCCUCCAUUGAAGGCGACUCCACCCCACCUUUCUUCGCCUGCACCCUCACACCCUGGAAAUGGAUUCCCGCCUUGCCGGUAAACACAAAGUACAUUCCUCUCAGUUUGGCUCUUGUUCAACCACCUGUCCCCGAACCAGCGGGACAUAAGGAGGCGGUUAAGAAGGUGUUAGAGGGGGAGACGGUGGAUCCGUAUGAUAUUCGUGAUGCGGAGAAAACGCUUGCGGUGCUGCCAGGGACGGAUAAGUGGAAGGAGUUUGAUAUCUCGGCGAGGAGUCCGAGGGCGAGGGGAUGUUGGGUGCAGGUUCAUGAGCCGGAGGAGGAGGAAGGGGAGGGGAAAGUGUUUUUUCCGAAGAACUUGGGAGCUUGGAGCUUUGGAGGGUGGAUGGAGGAUGUGGAGUGGUCGAUUGGGGGGGUUACAGAGUGGACGGUUGAAAAGGCGGGGACUUGA